UCAAGAAGCGACUCUGUGCAACCAUGGCGCUUCUGGGGAAGUCCUUGCUGAGAUCCAAAUUCGGAUCUUAUGUUUGCAAAGCCCGGGAGUUAAUAGUUAACCAGCGCAGAUGCAUCGUGUCUUGUGUUGAUCCUUCCUUGGGACUGACGGAGGAACAGAAGGAAUUUCAAAAAGUGGCAUUUGAUUUUGCUGCAAAUGAAAUGGCUCCACACAUGGCAGAGUGGGAUCAGAAAGAAAUCUUCCCAGUUGACACUAUGAGAAAAGCAGCCCAGCUGGGUUUUGGAGGCAUCUAUGUAAAGCCUGAUGUUGGAGGCUCUGGUUUGUCUCGACUUGACACCUCCAUUAUUUUUGAGGCCCUCUCCACAGGCUGUGUCAGCACAACUGCCUAUAUGAGUAUUCACAACAUGUGUGCCUGGAUGAUUGAUGCUUUUGGAAAUGAAAAACAAAGACAGACUUUCUGCCCUCCUUUGUGUAGCAUGGACAAGUUUGCUUCUUACUGCUUAACAGAACCUGGAAGUGGCAGUGAUGCAGCUUCUUUGCUAACUACCGCAAAACGUAGGGGGGAUCAUUACAUACUUAAUGGUUCUAAGGCAUUCAUCAGUGGAGGUGGUGACACAGAUAUUUAUGUGGUGAUGUGCCGGACAGGAGAAAAAGGAGCCAAAGGGAUUUCGUGUGUAGUGGUGGAGAAAGGAACACCAGGUCUCAGUUUUGGAAAGAAAGAGAAAAAGGUAGGGUGGAACUCACAACCCACUCGAGCUGUAAUCUUUGAAGAUUGUGCUGUGCCAGUGAUUAACAGACUUGGAGAGGAAGGCCAAGGCUUCCUAAUUGCCAUGAAGGGACUUAAUGGGGGCCGCAUAAACAUUGCCUCCUGCUCCUUGGGUGCAGCACACGCUUCUGUUCUUCUUGCAAGGGAUCAUCUUAAAGUCCGAAAGCAAUUUGGGGAACCAUUGUCCAAUAGCCAGUUCCUUCAGUUCACUUUGGCACAAAUGGCCACAAGAUUAGUGGCUUCUCGUCUAAUGGUACGUCAGGCUGCCCUAGCCCUGCAGGAAGACAGGGAGGACGCUGUUACGUUGUGUUCCAUGGCUAAGUUGUUUGCCACAGAUGAAUGUUUUGCGAUCUGUAACCAGGCCCUGCAGAUGCAUGGUGGCUAUGGAUACUUGAAGGAUUAUGCCAUUCAGCAGUUUGUUCGGGACAUCAGGGUGCAUCAGAUAUUGGAAGGAACCAAUGAAGUAAUGAAAAUGAUCAUUUCAAGGAAUUUGUUACAAGAAUGAAGCUGCCAGAAGAGAUCUCUUUGAUGGGCAUAACAUGAAUCAAAUGCUGAAUUGCAGAAUUGUUAAGUGUUUUUAUAUUUAUAUGUAAACAGAUUUCAAAUAGGUAAUGUUUAAAAGACAUACUGUAUUUAGUAUGUGUAGAUUAAUUUGUUUAAGAAUUAUGUGGGCCUUCUUGUCUGAAAAGUAACAUUUAGUAAUGGAAGAGUUUACUACUAGUCAUCGGCUGAAUGAGUUUUUAAUUGUCAAAUGUUUUUCCCUUUUGUUGAUUCCUGUCAAAACAGAAAAUGAAAACUGAGUCAGUCCUUACAUGCUGGAAAUAACACUUAUGGACCUGUAGAGGGCGACCAUAUCCAUUGUCAGAUUCUGAAGGACCAUUUAGUAAUCAUCAGACCAAAAGAACUUAGACCUUUUAGAAAGAAGAAGCAGGGUUACGUGAUGUUCCGGUAAGAUCAGGAGCGGAUAUUCAAAAAGCUGGAAGUCAGCAGUUUAUUUAAUGAGAAAUAUCGACGCAGGAGAAGAGUCUCUGGAGAAAUUCCAGUUGCUUUUCUCCUCUUAAGCAGAGUGAACAACAAUCUCUUCCACAGCAUUCUGUAAUAAUGGGUUCUUUUAAAAUGGGAUUAUGUUGUGAAUCUAUAUGGAAAGAAGUAAUGCUGCUUGGCAUCAGAAUUGAAAGGGCGAACAUAAAUGCAGCAAUAGCCUUUGACUUACUUGGUAUUUCCAACAAAUAUGAAAUGGUUUAUUAUAGAUAAUUUAUAUGGCUUAAUCUUCUGAUUCACUUGCCAUUCCAGUAAGCUAAAUAGUCAUGAGCAGUGGCCAACAAGAAGGUAUGCUUUCAUAAACCAUUGGUGUCAUAGUAGGCAGAAGGGGCCAAGUUUGACUGUUGAUCUUUUCCUCUGUAAUUAGUAAGUAGCACAGGCUUGUCACACAGGGAGGCCUGGUUACCAAGGCAACUGGGUCUCUUCGGCACUUCAAGUGGGAGAGAGGAAUCCAAGCAAAGCAGCUUGUUCAUCCAUAAAUAGGAGAUAUUCAUUAUUGCAAGUUCAUAUAAUGAGCCAGGCUCUUUAAAAUUCCGGUUUUUGAGCUGGUGGAUAAAAGGAUUUGCUUCAUUCUGGCAGCUGCUGAUGGCCCAUCUAUUGAAGCAGUUUGUUAAGGAGGAGCUAAAACAGAAAAGAUACGCACAUUUCCAUGGGAUGCUUCUCUCCUUUUCAAAUACAGUCUGAGAACAAAGAGAGAAAAGAGAUUUGCUUCCGUGUGGGCUGUGAAUGCUUAUGUAGCCUUGAUUUAUCAAAAUCUAUUAAGUGGUAUGAGCCAUGCUGCAGUCUUGUAUCAUUACAUCCCUUUGCCUUAUUUUCAUUUUGGAACCCAUAAUCAUUGGACCUACUUAUAAAGUAUUUACAAUAAUACAGCAAAAUCUGUUUUCCAUGGAGUCUGUGACAUGUGAUGAAUGUAAGUGGUAGAGUCAGCUAGUGAAUCUUAUUUUUUUGCUGUCCAUGCACAACCCCAGAAUGCUUUACACAUUGACUAUACUGUAUAUAGAGUAGUUUAAAUAACAUGCAAAGAGGGACAAAAAAAGAAAUGCAAUGAGGUUACAAUUCAUUGCAGAGUGCAUUCAUGAACACAUCCGCACUUAUUGAUCUUCCUAGGCUGGUUUAGUGUUAACAGUCAACAACAUAGUACACAUGUACAGAUUGUGGAGAAAUCCUAUACAGGUAUAGACAUUGGAAGAAGGCACAGGUAGUGACCCAGCUGGAAUUUGGAUCAAAGGAGCUGUGGCCUUUUAGUAAUAUUUUCAGUCAAGUCUAUAAAUAUGUGGAAGUGUUCACAAUUUUUGUUUAUACAGCACUUAACGGCUUUCAGUUUAAUUUGGGAUUUUUUUUUACAUUGAUCCACAGAAAACGACUCUUCAGUGUCAAUGUGAAAAUGAUCGCUAAAUUGAAUACAAAUAUUAAACACAAAAUUAUUGAUAUAGUAUUCAUACACUUAAAUAAUCCCUGGUGCAGUCGAAUGGUUAUAGAAAUGCCAAAAUUAGUUCCAUGGAUAUCACCUGCCCACGUUUUCAAUUAAUUGUUGUCUAAAUGCUCCCGUAUGUAGAAGAUCUAACAUCUGGUGAGCCAAUACGGUGGCCUAACCGACACAAAGAAGAACACUAAAACAAAAGUAUUAAAAGGUGAUUGAAAAACACAAGUCAGGAGACAAGCAAAUAGCCAAGUCAUUGAAUAUCACUUGAAGUAAGGCAUGGAGAUAGUAUGGCGCAGCUGGAGACAAACUGCAAGGGGAAAUUGAGUGAGGGACACCACCAGGAGACCUGUGGUAAUUCUGUUGGAGUUACUGUACAGGCUACAGUAGUUGACAUUGGAGAGACUGUGCAGACUAAACUAUGUCCAGGAGAUUCAACAGUUGCAGCUUUAUGGGAGAAAAACCACAUGUGACAUCUUGCCUAUAAGAGUUUGCCAGAAGACACCUGGGAGAAUUUGAAGUCAGCUGGAGAAAGUUCUAUGGUCUGAUGGGACUAAAAUUGAUCUUUUUACCAAUCAGACUAUACAGUAUGCUUGAACACUGCACCUCAUCAAAAACACACCAUCCUUACAAUGAAGUAUUGGUGGUAACGACAUCUGGCUGUGGAGAUGUGUCCUUAUGGAAGCUCCUGGAAGUCUUGUGAGGGAAGAUGGAAAAUUGAAUGCAGAAGAAUACAAUAAAAUUCUAGAGGAAAAAUGGAUGCAGUCUGCAAGAAACCUACACCUUGGGAGAUUUGUUUUUGAGCAAACGAAUGAGAUAACACAUAAAGCCAAACCUGCACAGGAAUAGCGUCAAACCAACUUGAAAAAGGCUGUUCACUCACAAUCCCCGUGCAACCUGAUCGAAGCUGAACAGUUUUGCAAAGAAGAGGAAUGAAAAGAAAUGGCAGAAUCCAGACAUGAAUAACUGAUUAGAGACCUGAGUACACAGACUCAGCUGUCAUGGCUGCCAACUGUGCAUCUACUAAAUACUGACUUGAAGGGGAAUGCAUGCUUAUGAAAUCAGUUAUUUUUUGUUUUUUAGUACUAAUUAAUUUAGAUUACUUUGCAGAGAUCUGUUUUCACUUUUGAAAUCACAGUUUUUUUCCUGUUUUUUUCAAUGUCUAAAUAACCAAGGUACAUCCACUGCGAUUCAAUGUUGUACAACAAUAAAAUGUGAAAACUUCCAA